UGGUAAACUCUUUACAGCCUUGGAAAAAAAAUACACCAAACUCUCCAAAAUAGUACACAAAACACUUGAAUGUGUGCCAUAAUUUUCUACAUCAAGUUACAAGCAAGAGCCUGAGCUUCCAGCCAAAAUGAGAUUAGCCCUGCACACCGUCAUCUGCUGCUGUGUUUUCACCAUGGUCCUGCCACUAGUAAAAGGUGCCACUGGGGAGCUCAACUCUAGCCAGAAAAAAAGGUUUAAAGUAUGGCUGCAGAGCCGUAUGAAGAGAGACUUGGGAAACAGCUUAGUCACAGCUAACGAGCAAUACUCUGACAUCCAUGUUGGACCGCAGCAGGGCAAGAAUGAAAAAACUGUCUCAACUCCAUUAAGCUUUGGGUUAAAUAGCAGACCCAGGAGGUCAGCAUCAUCCAAACCAUCCAGCUGCGUCUUAGGCACAUGUGUAUACCAUGACCUACUCCACAUACUGCAUAAGAUUAACAAUGACCAAAGAGAGCCCAUUGCCCCAGAGAACAAGAUUGGCUCGGAAGGCUAUGGGCGGCGCCGCCGCCGCCGCUCACUCCUUGAUGUCACUGAACUUGUCCUCCAGACAGUAAGACAAGGACGGGGCACUGAAGCUGGUCAGCGAGUCCACAGACACCAAAGAACAUGCUCAAUGGCCUAACAAAUGCAUAGAGGGCAUAGGAGAUUCCCUGUUGGUUUUUUUUUGCUCACAGCAGAUGAAGAUAAGUCCCCUCAGAGGUUUUAUUCCAAAGAUUUACAACUAGAUGUGCAGAAAGAACGGCUGCUACGUCUGUACGGCCAAUCAGAGAAAGCUUGGGAUACUUAAAAGCUUGCAUGUGCAUACUUACCUGCAGCUUUCAGUGGGUCUGAACGAGUGGGUGAUUUAUGGAUGAUUUCAAGUCAGACCUUUGGGACUCAACAAUAAUGUAUGUUUCUUCUUCAGCAUCAAAAAUGAGCUUGACAGCUGAGAUAGAAGACAAUUCUUUAAGAUCUUCUCAGAAAUACCCAUGAAGAGAUAAGGAGCCGAGGCCACAGCGGGGGAGGAUUUCUUUCCUAAAGAAACUGCCAUUACUGGACCCCAAACUGUCAAAUUCAGAUGCCCUCACAAGUGAACUGAAUGUGGUGAAGUGCAAUUUAUACCAUAUGUACCAAGCCUAUGCAUAGUUAAAAAUAUGUCAUUAUCAGCUUGUAUAUUAGGAUAUAUAAAGCUACCGUACAUAUAUAAUACAAUUAUAUUUUUAUACAGCCAAAAAAAUACAUAUUAUACUUCUUUUUUCAAACUUCAGUGAAGUAUCUGAUGCAUCUUAGCUGUGUAUAUAGUUAUCUUGUCCUGUGUGUGAUUUAAGUGUAUUAUCACUGAGUUAGGGGUGUACCACUUGUCUUUACAUUUGUGUGAUGAUUACAAUAUGAUGAUUAUCAUUUACUGGAUAUCAAUCAUGUUAGAGAUUUUGAAUUGGAUUUUUUUGAAUGCUCAAAGUUACAAAUGGCAACUCACAAGCAAAGGGGUCAGUUAGUUUUUGGCCAGACUUGAGAAGCCUUGGAAAAUGAUGGAGGCUUUUCCUGCUAUGAUGUAGAAGGACUGUUGAGCUAAUGCUUAAGUGUUGUGCUGCCAUCUAGCUUUACAGCAAGCUACAUACUCUAUUACUAAUACUGGGCCAACUGUUUCAAAAUCAGUGCUGCUCCAACAGAGCACUUACUGUGCUAAUGUUUUCUUCAAAGCCUUUGAUUUGAUCCAUCUGCUUAUAUGAAUGUAAUAAAUUACCACUUGAAAAGGUAUAACAUGAUUUAAGUUAUGGUUGUGGCAAACGUCAGGAAUAGUAAUCGUUUUCAGCUGGCUGCGAUGUCCUUCGUUUUAUUAAAUAAAUGUAUGAAUGCAACAAUGAAAA